AAAACGUGUUUACUUUAACAAACAUUCUUUCUUCUUCUUCCCUUCGAUUCAAAUUUCUUCCCUUUUUUUGCUAUGAUUCUUUCUAAAAAACUCAUUUUUGUUCUGUUUGUGUCGAUUUCUGUGCUUCUAGUUCCGGCAAGUGCUAUCAGAGGUUUUCUUGAGAAGCCCAGAAAUACAAAGAAUGAUGGGUAUUUGAGCUAUGUUGAAUCUCCAGAGUAUCGUAAUAGUCAAGAAUGCCCAAUUUUAGAGUCGAAUUUGUUAAUUUGUGACCCAAAUUUGAUACAUGUAGCCAUGACUCUUGAUGUCCAAUAUUUUAGAGGUUCAGUAGCAGCAGUUCACUCUGUUCUCAAGCAUUCAUCUUGUCCAGAAAACGUUUAUUUCCAUUUUGUGGCCUCCAAGGAUUCCCAUUUUCAAGAACUGAGACAGAUGGUGAAGUUCAUAUUUCCAUCUCUGAGUUUCAAAGUUUACAUCUUUGAUGAAUUUCGUGUGAAGAAAUUGAUAUCAUCUUCGAUUCGUCAAGCUCUUGACAAUCCAUUGAACUAUGCUAGAACAUAUUUAGCUGAGAUUAUCGAACCGUGUGUUGAAAGGGUAAUUUAUCUUGAUUCUGAUGUUAUUUUAGUUGAUGACAUCCAAAAGUUAUGGUUAAUUUCUUUAACUGGUUCGAGAAUUAUUGGAGCUCCAGAAUACUGUCAAGCAAAUUUCAGAACAUAUUUUACGGACAAUUUUUGGUCUGACUCGAAACUCUCAAAGGUGUUUGAAGGGAAAAAGCCUUGUUAUUUCAAUACAGGGGUGAUGGUUAUGGAUUUGGGGAAAUGGAGAAAAGGGGAUUAUACUGUAAAGAUUGAGAAAUGGAUGAAGAUACAGAAGGAGAAGAGGAUUUAUGAAUUGGGAUCAUUGCCACCAUUUAUGUUGGUAUUUGGAGGGGAAAUUGAAGGAAUUGAUCAUAGAUGGAAUCAACAUGGGCUUGGUGGAGAUAAUUUGGUGAAUAGUUGUAGAACAUUGCAUCCAGGUCCAGUUAGUUUGUUGCAUUGGAGUGGUAAAGGGAAACCUUGGGUGAGGCUUGAUCAAAGGAAUCCUUGUCCAGUUGAUCUUUUGUGGGUACCUUAUGAUCUGUAUAGGCUUGGCUCAAUUGAUUCUUUUGACGAGCAAGAGCAAAGAGCGAUGCUUGUUUAAGCAUUACAAGUUAAAACUCUUUCCCGAUAAUUUUUUGAUUCUUUUUCUACAUUGGAAAGAAGUGAGAACUUAGAUCCAGUGUCAAGUACAGGGGAGAUUUUGAUGAGUCCCCUGUGAGCGAUUUCGUUCGUGUAUAAGAGCAAAUUAUUUUUGUAAAGCAAUUAUUCUUCCAUUAUUUUUGUGAUUAUCAGAAUUUUUACUUGAUAUUUUCUUUUUAAUCUUUGAUAAUAUUGUAAGAUAUAAUUUCCCUUGUGAAAAUGGUUUCAGCUCCAUGAUUUUGAA